AUGAAGAGCACCAUUGCCAUCGCUGCCCUCGUGGCUGGCGCCAAUGCCCUCGUUGGUCGCAGUGACAGCUGCUGUUUCCAGCUGACUGCCUCUGGAGGUGAAACCGGCACCCUUGGCCAAUUGACCGAUGGCCAGGUCCGUCUCGGUGAUACCACCCUGUCGGCUGCCGAGUUCUGCAUCUCCAACUCUAUCAUCACCGAUAGCGAGGGUCGUGGAUGUGUCGUCACUUCGGAGACUACCCAGUUCCAGUGUGAUGAGGGCGCCACAGGCACCUCUGGCUUCUCCUUGGCUUCUUCUGGUCUGCUGAGCUUCGACAGCAGCUCUUCCUUCAUCGCUUGCCAGACUGGUGAGGAUAAUGGACGCAACAUCUAUACCACCAACAGCACCUCGGUCACUGAGUGCAUUAGCAUUCAGCUGACCGGCGACUCUUGCGGCGCCGCUGCCUCGUCCUCCGUCGCCCCAUCUCCCGUGGCCUCAACACCCAUGGCCUCGUCUUCCGUGGCCUCUUCCGUUGCUGCUGUCGCUCCCACUUCGUCCGUCCCUGUUCCCUCUGGUGUUAUGUCUUCGGCCCCUGUUCCCACCCCCACCAGCUCUCGCCCUCUUAUCCCCUCCAGCCCAGCCGCGGUCUCCGCCUCCACCCCUGUUGUUGUCUCCACCAGUGCCGUGAAGAUCACCAGCUCCAGCACCACUGCAACCUCGACCACCAGCACUUCGUCUACCACCAGUGCCUCCGCCUCUAGCGCUGCUUCCUCGACCGCUCCUACCAGCGGAUCGGCUAUCACUGCUCCCAUGGGCUUGGCCCACUGGGUCGCUUCGAUCGCUGUCAUGCUGAGCGUGAUGGUUCUCUACUAG